AUGGCAACUGACGUAGACUUCCUGUGGCCCCAAUUUAGGGUGUCCAAUGCCAGCCAAGCAGCACCUGAAGACGUCAUGCAACUGAAAAGGCAACGCGAUAUCCAUCCUUGCGUGACAUAUUGCAACUCCUCGGCCACGGUAUUACGUAAAAAAAUCUUCAGUGAAGUGCCGGUGUACUUGUGUUGAGAACAAAGUUUUCAGUUGAUUUGCGUGAAAAAAAAUUCCCAUGGAAACAGGUGAUUCAUUUUUACUGUUUUUCAAGUUAUUAUAUUUUUCCACUCUUUAGUGACAACAGGAAAAUUUUUUGUUACUUCCUGUCACGCAUGGAACCAAUUUGGUUUUCUGCACUCUCUUUUUUUUCAUCAUAACUUUAUUUUUGCGGUGUCCAUUCCUGACUCUAAAUCAUUUUAUCUCUUUCAUCGGCAUCGUCGGGCGAUUUCCUAUAACAACGCGAGGAAAAACGCAAAUUCAGACAGUUCAAAUUUUCGGCAAAUGGAUCGAAUUUUAAGAUUUACCAUCCAUCCCGUAUGAAAAGACAUAAUCUUCGCGUUGAUUACUUUUUUUGAGUUUCGACUAUUCAUUCUUGAAAAAAAUUACGACAGCACCUGCUAAUAAAUUUCCACACUCAGAAAUCUCUUCGUUUUUCUAUUUCUCUUUUUCUGAUCAAUUUUUGUCUUUUAGGGUUUUCAUCUUCAGGAACUAAUUUCUCAAGUUUUUCAAUUUUUAUUUUUUAUGCAGCUUUUCAAAAGUGAGUCUUACUUAAUAAAAUUAAAAUAAGUCGAGCGUCACAUAGAGAAUAUAUUGAUAUUUUCACUCAGAAGCAAUAUUGAAAAUUCACAUAGUUUUGUAACGCAGCUCUUUUAUUUCCAAUAGAUUAAAUCUUUGCAGCAUUUGCAGCCCGUAAGAAUGAAAUUGAAGCUUAAACUCAUUGCUGUUAACUGACCGCUCGAAAACCGAACUGCACGUUCUCGGUCAGCAGUUGUUUGAUCGGUCCGCCGAAGAGGAACUCUACUGACGUCAAACCCGCUUUUUUUCGGGCUCUUCCUCGUUUUCCCUGCAAACUCAACCCUUUACUACCGAACUAAACUGGAAUCAAUUUGCGAUCUUCAUUUCCUUCUAGUUUUUAAUGUUAUUCAAGUGCUUCUCAUGAACUUUUUCAUUCGUCUAAUUCUUAUAGAAAUAAAAAAUCAACUUCUUGCGUAGGUGCAUUGUUUUUUGAACGUUGAUAAACUGAAUAGUUUUUCCCCGAUUCGAAAAAAUGAUCAAUUUUCAGUACUUUUCGUUAUUCCCUUCUUUUCAUUGGUACUUUUGCAGAAAAACGUUGGAAUAUUUUUGUUUUUUCUAAAAUAAAAUGGCCGCUAAAGAAAUCAUGCAAAUAUGAAAGCGAGCUUAGAAGGGAAAACAUUUUUAUUUUCCGUUUUUUAAAUGUUAAUAGUUUAUAAAUUUCAAAAUCUUUGCAAAAACUCGGAUGGUUUUGGGAAAAAAAUUGUGACUCAGUGAUCGUGUAUCGAAAAAUACCGAAGUGGCUCAGUUUUCGAAGUUCAAUCUCACCGAUUUCUGUAAGGUUGCAGGUCUUCCUACCCAUUUUUUUUAAAUAGCCGGAAUAAUUUCAAAGCGACGUAUUCGCGUUCAGAAGUUGCCCUCUGCAGUAAUAAUUCAGCACCCUAAACAACUCGCAAAUUCCUGUGGCUACGUCAUCAGUUUAAAAGAAAAAGUGAGCAGCCAGCGUUCACGUGUACGCCGCUGUUUGCUCUGAUUCCACAGCGGUGGUCCUUUCCUCUCACAAAAUCCUUUUCCUUCCCUUUUUUCUAAUUUUUCUAACUUUUUGCGAUUUUCUUUCGGCUUUUUCACUCUGAAGAUCAAGAUCAUUAUCGAACAGUUCCUAAGUGUCGGGAGCAAGAAGAGAAAUACCGUGCAGCUUUUCUGAUAGCUGGCUCUAGAAUGAAAAUUGUUUUAUUAUUGUCUCCGUUCGCACGGGGAAUGGUUCAGAGCGUUGCGGUCGCUCUGUGGUUGGCAUGCGGAAUUUCUGUAGCCGUUAAUUAUUGAACCGUAUCCCUCACCGUCCUAAACAUUCAUAAGCACACAGAAAAAAAAAACAGUAGGCAUGAACCAAGAACAUUUUUUGGUUUCUCAAUCUUUUUUUUUUCUCAAUUAACAUUUCGCAUACUUUCCUCCUUUUUUUUCUAUAUGUCGAUUCUGUGAAAGUUAUUGAAAAGGCAUUAGUAUAAGCGCAAGAAUCAUUGUCCUCACAUCACUUCAAGAUUUAAAAAUAGUCGUUUUCAGCUUAGAAGGUUGGUCUGAGUGGGAUUUGAGGCUUAUGACCUACAAGCACAUAGAGAUUGCAGCCCGAAAUUUGCUCCAUUUUUGUACUCCUUUCCAUGGAAUGAUCUAGGAAAAAGGAGAAACUCAUAUGUGAACCUCUUUUUGACCUAAAUUUAUAAAGCUCGCACUGCUGCUUUCUGAUUGAAGAUUGUUUCGUAUGUAGCACAUCUGAGUAAAUUAUCUGUUGAUGGAGAAAUGUGAUCAGAGUUUGAGGAGAGUAGUGCACACGUCACAUGCCUGAGGAAUGCGACAGACAUCUGCCAAAAAAUUACCUUCUCUGUUCAAAAUAAUAUUUUCCAUUCUUUACGUUGUCUUUUUUAUUCCAGUGUUUUGAUUUUCGAAUUCUUGUUACAGAUUCUUCAAUAUUUGAUUUUUUUUUUUUAUCUAGUUCAACAUAGAGGACGAGAUUAGAGAAAGCGAAUAUCUUCGGAAUUCUGGUUCUGAUCCUUGAAAACCUUUAACUUUUUUGUUAUUUUAUUUUCAGAAAAACGUCCACAAAAUAUUAAGUUCUCCGCAAUCAUUAGCCAGGCCUCUUUUGGAAAAAGAGUGCGGCGAGCGCAGAUGUGCGUCAUAGGGCAGGAAAAAAGUUCCAGGCAAACGUCGGGUGCACUUGACACUUGCUCUGUGGCGACCGCUUGUUUUUUCUCAUUUUGCAGCUUUCUGUACUUUUAUAUCAAUUUUUGUUUCUGAAACUGAAACCAGAUAACAUCAAAUUUCUCUUCAAAAAUAACUUUUAAAAAAAUACUAUGAAAAACAUUAUUUUUUUGAAUUAUUCAGUGCAUUAAAGCUAAAGUACAGGGAUCGGCAGAAUUUAUAAAGCGAAACGCAUCCCUGAGAUCUUUUAAUUUUGAAGAUUACUGAGAAUUUCGUUCAAGCUCUAGUCGAUGGGAGAUGCUGCAAAAAAACAAAAACAAAAUUGAUAUAAAUUUGUUAAGAAGAUCGUCAUUUAUCAGUUUUUCCUUUUUAAAUUUGAACUAAUCUGAUUAUUUUCUAUGCCCAAGGUUGAGUUAACGGUUCCAACUUUUUCAGCCGAAAGAAACUUUUGACGCAAACUUCCUAAUAAUUAUGAUAAGGAAAUACCUGAUGCGUUCGUUAAUCUUAUCGAAAAAGACUCGACGCAAAAUUGACGUCAUCGUUUCGAAUUUUCGUGGAAGGGAGGCCACUUGAAACCGCGAUUCGACAUUUUACAACUGAUUUGUCCACAUUUUUGACAUUCUGAUGUUUUGGUCAAGAGUAAGGAAAGCAUUAGUAUUAUUCGUUCUCACUUCAUCCGAGAUUAACCGCUUCUAACAAAAAUCAUAGUUCUGAUCUUUUAACGAAAACACGUUCAAAUUUUUCUCCAAGGUAUUUUUAAUUCCAAAGAUCGCCUGAAAAAAGUGCAAAUCAAGUCUUUUAGAUAUUCAGCUUUGACUUCUUUCAACUAUUUUAUUUUCGUUUCAUUUUUUUCCGCUGGUUUCAUAUUUUUGUUUCUUCCACUGUUUUCCGAGUUCACUUCUGCUUGAAAUUCGAUUUUUUUUUUCUCUGAAAUUUUCAUCUUCAAAACCUUUCUGUUUGACGCAAAUCGAGGAAUUUUAUUUCAGAACUGUCUGAUAAACUCACUCCAAGGGGACAGGCGGCAGAAUGGCCGAAGCCAAGGAGGACGAUCCUUCCAAGGCUGUUCGAAUCGGCUUUUACGAUAUUGAGAAGACGAUCGGUAGAGGAAACUAUGCUACUGUGAAACUUGCUAGCCAUAAGGUUGUCCGUAAUAAGGUGAGCCAGACAAAUCAAAAACUCGUAUUCAUUUGUUCUUUUCUAGGUUGCUGUGAAAAUGAUUGACAAACGACGAAUGGAUGCAAACACUUUGAUCAAAAUUCGCCGUGAAAUCGAUAUUUUAAAAUCAUUGAAUCACCCCUACAUCAUUAAACUGUAUCAGGUAUGACAUAAUUUAAAUAUCUUCAUCGGAAUUAUCUUAAGGUCAUGGAAACUGAAAAUACAAUCUACUUGGUGACAGAAUAUGCUGCGAAUGGGGAAAUUUAUGGUCAGUAAUAAUUUCCUAGUUGCGUGAAAAUUUCCGCACAUUGAGUAAUUACAUGUUCUAUCGUGCGACAGGGGUCAUAUAGUCUGUUCAGAUUUUGAAUGUCAAGCAGCUGACUCCACCCCUAAGGCUACAAUAUCCUUCGCGUCAAUGUUUUAUAUCCAGAUGACGAUGAACCUUUAAUAAUGCUGCAUUUUUGACUUCUUUUUCUAUCUUUUAGAUCAAAAAAGAUCAAAAUUAGUCCCGCGCGAUAAAACAUCGGCGCGAAAAGGUACCGUCUCAGCAGGGGCGGAGUUAGCUGGUUGACAUUCAAAAUCUGAACAGACUAUAAUCGGAAAACCAAACAAUGACCGGCGAGGUCCACUACAAAAUGAACCCGUUUGAAAUAGGCACAUCAGCUUUGAUAAGAGUUUUUUGAUCCGUAUUUUGAUAAUAAGAAACCACAACAUUAAAAGAACGAAGUUUCACAGAAUGACCAUUUUUAGAUCAAAUAUUGCAAAGAAAGAAGUUGUCUGAAGACGAGGCUCGCUGGAAGUUCUGGCAAAUGAUUUCGGCCGUAGAGUACUGUCACAAAAAAGGGGUCGUUCACCGCGAUUUAAAGGUUGGGUUAUAGAAUGAUUUGAAGAUAAAUUAUAUUUCAGUCCGAAAACUUGCUGCUCGAUGAGAAGGGCCGUAUCAAAAUUGCCGAUUUCGGUUUCAGCAAUCAUUUCGCUGAAGAUACCUUGAUGCAAACAUACUGUGGUUCUCCACCUUAUGCUGCCCCUGAAGUUUUCGAAGGCAAAGCCUACUAUGGACCUCACGUAGACAUUUGGGUUCGAGUCAAACUUGAGUCAAGUUCAGUCUCUCAGAUUCAGAGCCUUGGUGUCGUGCUCUACGUAAUGGUUUCUGGGAGUAUGCCUUUUGAAGCAGCAACCUUGUACCAACUUCGUGAAAAGGUGCUUUCUGGUCAAUAUCGUGUCCCUUUUUUCAUGAGCUGUGGUUAGUAAAAUCAACCUUCGCAUCACAAAAAACGAUAAGUUUAAGAUUGUGAAAAUUUGAUAAGAAGGAUGUUGGCGGUUGAUCCUGCAAAAAGAGCGAACAUGGACUACAUCAAAAACCAUAAAUGGAUGCAAAAAGACAAUAUGCGAGAAAGAAUCGAGUACGAGGUUGGUUGAUAAACGAUUGCUGGAAGGACCGUUUUUUUCAGGUACUUGCACACAAUUAUCUUUGCUCUGGGGAAUCAGCAAAAGCUAGUGUUCGUUUGAUGACAGACAGUGGGAUAGAUCACUUCCACAUUCAGGAGGUUCCAAUUUCUUCAGCUAAGUUUUUUCAUGCUCAAUUUCAGGCAUUGAACGCACAAGGGUUCAAUCAUCUCAAAGGAAUUUUUGCUCUUCUCAUGGAGCGUUAUCGCAAUAAAAACUUGGACGCUACAAUUUCCGCCUUUGCUUAUCAAAGAGAGCAAGAAAAACAUCAAAAAAGAGCGAUGGAUGAGCUUGUGCAAUUCAAAAAUGCACAAGCGUUAGAAAAAACCGAAAAUGCAUCUACCGCAACUAUGGAAUAUCCAUCGAAAACAUCUCAGCAAGAAACAGAAGCUACCGAAGUAGCAAAUACAGCGAUGGUAAUUUUUUUUGAAACUAUGAGGAUGAAAAUGAAAUGUUAAGGAGUCCAAAGAAGAGGACGCUUUGCUAGUUAAGAAAUCGAGUGAAUCCCUGGGAGGAAUAUCGCAACCCUCAUUUCGGACACGACCGACUCUCCGUUCAUUGCGUGAUCAUCCCCAGUUUCAAGUAAGAAUUCCAGCAAAUCACUUUUGAGACUUUAAUUCAGACCAGCGACACUACUAGCGGAUAUGGAUCUCAGACAUCUAGUUUUAGUCGCCAGUCUACCAUAGGCACCUUCUCUUCCAUCGAUGAAGGUUUCAAAAGUUUUAAUAUUGUAUUUACCAGUUUUUUUUUCUUUGACACAGUUUUCAAUAAGUUCGAGUUUCAGGUGUAGAGCCAGACUUGUCCGAGCCGUCCAACACAACCAGUAAAUUUUUAUUGAAGGAGAAAAUGAUUACCUCUCGUUCUCAAAAGAGGCCGCUAAACUUUGAGUAUUUCGAAAACGAAGAAAACCCCGACGCGAUGAGCUCCGUCACAAGUUGUCCGAGUAGCUCAGAACCCAAUAGAAAUGAAAAAAGUAAACGGGAAGUGGAUGUAUCGCUCAACGAAGUAGUUUCCUUAGGACCAGCAUCGAAGUUUAUCAGUAUGGCAAGCGGACUGCCCGAUGAGCCGACGUCUUCAACCGAGUCGUCUCCAUUCGAGGAAGGCCUGCGCGCUUCAGACAACGCCAUGUUCCGAACGACUCAAACUCCUUUCAUCACAGGAAAACUGAGCAAGAGAACUCGUGUGGUAACUCGAAUGCUGAGGUGAAACUAGAAAAAGAGAGCAACUUGAACGAAUUCGUAUCUUUCAGAACUCCGUCAACUAUCGGAGUUGGUCAAAAGUUAGAAAACAUGAAGCUCGACGGAGGUUCUCAGGAGAAACGGUUUCGUCUUCUUUCUACGCUUGGAAAACGAGUCUCUCUCCCUGAGGGCCUGGAAAAUCAGGUCAGUUCCAUUCACAGUUCUCAAACCAUCUUCUUGUUUUCUCUAAUUUGCUACAACCUAAUUAUUUCAGCCGCAGGAGUACUUGAACUACAAGCAAAUGAUUGAAGUCCAGCAAAAAAUGGAAGGAAAGGACAUUGUCAGAGCUCGCAUUUCCCAUCUCCAUAAGAGGCUGGUGAACAAAGCUCGUCUUCAGAAGAUGCGUCAACAGGUAACUGAAUAGUUUUAUACCUGUUAAUGUCCACCUAACUCUUCAAUUUGAAUUGAGUCAUUAAAUAAUGUCUGAUAUUCUUGAAGUUAUUUUAGGCAGGGUUUAAGUUUUUUCUCGGUUCAUGGUCAGUAAAAGGAGAUAAGAUUCAGCAAAAGUCGCUCAGAACAACUUUUGGUAAUUCAGAACGCGUUGGAAUCUGGUCACGGGCUGCCGCCACGCAGGGAUGAGCCAAAGCUCACACCAAUCUUCGUUUCCCCGUCAGAUGACCUCAUGGAGGUCGAAGAACCUCACGAACCUCUUCAAGACUGA